AGACACAUUUUUUACAAAAGUACACUGAAUAAAUUAAACUAAAAAUAAAUAGAAGUAUAAUAAACGAUUGGUUUAUACCAUUUUUCUUUUUAAAGGGUUUUAAGACCCUACAGUUAUGAACGUGAACUUUGCACAUGUAUGUUGCAUGUGUGUAAAGGUAGGCGGCAGAUGUCAAAAACUCGCUUCUGCUACCAAGUACCAUGUGAUCUAUCUAGUUCGUAAUAAACAAUAGGAUAGGUUUUUUUUACAUUCACACCGUCAAUAUUUUGGAGCAAAAACAUGGAACUUGCACGCGGAUUUAUAGGCAAGAAAAUUCGAAGUUCCCUUCUCGAAGUGUCCAAACAAAUUUUCAGCGUACAAAAAGCAACUUAUGUCAGACUAACAGAAGUUGGGAAAUUAGAGACUCCAAAAUUACAAGGAAAAUAUGAAACAGGACAACUUAUUUUACACAGAGUUUUUGGAUAUCGUGGAGUCAUUCUUUUUCCAUGGUUGGCAAGGGUAUACGACAGAGAUAUACCAAGCAGGAAAGAAGGAAAUGAGGGAGGGAAUUUCAACAGCGUCGGAAAGGAAGUAAAAGGCAGAACACACUCAUUUUAUCAAGUUCUCAUUGAUCAAAGAGAUUGUCCUCACAUUCGAGCACAAACAGAAGCAGUAACGUUCCUGGGGAACCAGGAAGGCAGUCGUAGUUUAUAUGCAAUACCUGGACUGGACUAUGUAGCCCAUGAAGAUAUUUUGCCAUACACAACCAACGAGAAGCCCGCACUUCAACAUGAGCUCAUCGAUAAAUUUCUGGUCUAUCAUCCCAAUAAAGAUCCACCGUUUGUCGCUCAAGAUACCCUCAGAGCUUGGCAAAAGAAAAAUCACCCAUGGCUUGAGCUUUCGGAUGUACAUAAAGAAACUACUGAAAACAUUCGCGUCACCGUUAUUCCAUUUUACAUGGGAUGCAGGGAAAGUCAAACUACCUCUGUUUACUGGUGGCGUUAUUGCAUUCGCCUCGAAAAUCUUGGAGAUUUAAGCGUACAAUUACGAGAGAGACAUUGGAGGAUAUUUAGUUUAUCGGGAACAUUAGAGACGGUUAGAGGUCGAGGUGUUGUUGGUCAAGAACCUGUGCUUUCGAGAACUUUGCCAGCCUUUCAAUACAGCAGUCAUGUCAGUUUGCAAGCUCCAAGUGGCCACAUGUGGGGAACAUUCAGAAUGGAACGAGAAGAUGGUUAUGCCUUUGACUGCAGGAUUCCACCCUUUUCCCUAGAAUCGAAGAUGGAUGAAGCAACGACGCCGAAUGCCAAUUCGUGAAAGUAGCUAAAUGACGAAUUUAAAAAGUGCAAAACGAAGAAUGAUGUUUGAUUGAACUCUUUAAGCCUGGAAUAAAUAAUAUACAAGAUUUCGUAAUUUACUUUGUACAUAAUUUAAUUUUAGAUUAAUAGUA